AUGGACGACACAGCUCAGCGCAGUUUACUGCUAUGGGUACAGAGUUUCCAUGAGAAGCUUGCCACAGACGUGCAAAUAUCAAGACUUGAAGAUCUGUGUGACGGUGUCUUCCUCUCUAAGAUCAUGCACCACAUCGAUGGUGAGUACGUGAACUUAGAGCAAAUCAAUGAUCAGCCUGGUAGCAACUGGGCGCUUAAAUCCAACAAUCUUAAGACGCUACUUCGUGCUGUGGAACUAUUUUACACGGACGAAUUGGGACAAAUGUGCCAAGCUAACGAGCUGGUAGAUCCUUCGCUAAUUGCUAAAGAAAAUGAUGUUCAUGAGGUAUCAAAAUUGACCGAGCUUCUUCUUGGGUGCGCUGUUCAGUGCCCUAACAAAUCCGAGUAUAUCCAUCCCAUUAUGCAGAUGGGCGCUUCUGAACAAGCUAGUUUGAUGCAUGCAAUCGAAAAACUCAUGCAUCGGUUUCAGCCUGUAUCUCCUACCAACACAAGUCGCCGGGAUUCGAUGGCUCAUAGUGCUUCCUUCGACGAAGUAACAUCACCUUCAUCAUCGGCUUCCUUGUCUGCUUUAAGGGCGGGCGGUUCACCCGAAGCAUUAGCUGCACAACUGGCUCAAGCACUUGAACGAAGUUCGUCCAUGGAGUUACGAUACCUGGAUAUGGAGCGAGAAAAGCGCGAGUUGACAGAACGUUUCGAACAAACGUUGACUGAGCACCGCGAGCUUGUGGAGAAGUACACAGUGCUAGAAAGCGAGCGCGAUCAGCUCCGCACCGAGCGUCAGAACACGUUAACUCGUGACAAUAAAAAAAUUCAACAAAUUGUAGACAAUGAAGUUCAUGCUCUACAAAUGCAAAUGGAAGAGAAAGAUUUGGAGUUAAAUCGAGUUAAACGCGAAUCAGGAGAACGUUUAAUGAUGCUGGAGAAUGAAGUACGUCGCCAAGCGGAUGAACUUGAUAUUUCACGUUCAAAGCUGGGGACGCUGAAUAAACUUGAAGCAAGUGUAUCGAAGUACAAAAAAAAACUGGAGGAAAUGAACUCGAUGCGCGCUCAAAUGCGUGAGCUUGAGACACUUAACGCUCAGUACUUGGACAAGGUAGUGGAUCUAGAGAGUACGAUCAAAACAAUGCCCGGACUAAAGAACCUCAUCGAAAAAUACAAAAAUCAAGUGGUGGAGCUUGAGACAGCUAACGUCCAGGCGAGCUCGAAUCUGAGUGUAAAAGAGCAGAAAAUCCGGAGGCUGCAAGAAGAACUCGAUAGUGCAUUGGGAGGUAAAGAGUUUCUCGAGUCCCAAGUGGAAGAAUUACGUACCCAAAUCUCGAGUUUGCAAUACCGAGAAGGUAGCGACGAUGCGAUGGCUACUGGAGAGAGUAGUGCCGUGAAUGGAGGUGGGUUAAGUGCGGAUAUGUUGCUCGGUCGGGACUCUGUAAGUGGUUUGAGAGAGCGUGUGGCUCGUUUAGAGCGUGAAAAUACGGAGUUAAAGAAUGGCAAUGUAGACGCUGGACACGCAGAACUGGUGAAUGAUUUGGAUAUGGCCAUCAAGGCGAAAGAAUCGCUCCAAGUGUCACUCUUUCAAAUGCAGAAACAAAACGACCAGUUGUCGGAAGAUUUACGCAAUACGCGGAUUCGAAGCGAACAGCAACAGCAAAUGCUGGCGCAAAUUCAGCAUGCUCAUCCACAACACCCUUCGCAAUCUCAGUGGCAAAGUGUACCAGACAGAUCAGAACCGAUGCAAAUUUCAACUGAUAUGGCAGUCAGGGAAGGUGUGGCAGCAGCUGGAAAUGCUGAAUUCGUGACUCCAGCUGCGCUGGAGUCUGGCAUGGUGAUGGGACCGGGUGGUGUCAUUCAUGCCCCUGUGCCUUCUUCAAGCUCAGUUGUGGUCACGAGCAGUAACAAUGCGCUUUCGACAGCUCAAAUUGCUGAGUAUCAGGAUAAGCUGGAUAAACUGGAAAUUGAGGCGGAAGCGGUGGAUUCGCUGCGUGCUACGGUGACGGAAUUGACAAAACGGUUGAAGGAAAAGGAAUCAGUUAUCAACGAACUCUCCGAGCAGCGCGCUAAGCUCGAGAAUUAUACGAAGAAGACACUGCAUGCAGUACAGACAAAGUACAUGGUGGCUGUGAGCUCACACCGCAAUCAGAUUAACGAAAAGCAAGAGCGCGUGGAUUUCCUGGAGAAAAAAAUGAAGGAGGUCCGUGCUUCAUACUCUCGGGAGCAGGCGCUGAUGAUGUCUUCUUUUUACGAGAUUGGAACGGAAAUGCAGCGUCGUACUAUGAUGCCACAAGGUCCAGCCGCUGGGGCCCCAGGAGCUGGAUCAUGGCUUGCAAACAAGAGGACAGAGGAACGAGCGAAACGACGACAAGGGGGAAUUUGGAACGUUUUAGUAUAA